AUGAGGCGAAAGCGGGUUUGCAAAAAUUUGAAUCGAGGAAAAAUAACAAGUGUUGUCGAAACCCUAUCUCUUAUACAUCUCCAGUAUGCAUAAAUUUAUAGUAUACUUUUAGACUAUGACCAGCACGUAUAAAAAUCUUUGUACUCACAUCUGAGCUGCCAGCUGAUAAACUUUAAUUCUAUACUAUCAGCUCAAGAAAUAAUUUCUUUUUGAAAGACUUUUCGGUCAAAGCUAUUAUGAAAUUGUAGCAAAUUUUUGUUGUUGUUUGUGGCAAUUUUUUUUGAUAAGAGUAUGAAGAAAGCUCAAAAAACUUUCCGAACACCAAAAGAGAUAUCAGUAACAAAAAAAUGUUAGACCUAACUAGACGUCUGACAACCAGCUACAAUCCGGAGCUACAAAUCUGGUCAGGAGCCAGUGAACCAAGUUCCUACAGCAAUGAUCUAACAAUUGGUGAGAUUAUAUUUGAACAAUUGCAAAAGGAUCCCGAAAGAAUCUGUCAAAUAUCUCAUAGCGAGAAAACGACUCUGACUCGCUCCCAAUUAUUGCAAAAUGCGUCUAAAGUAGGUGCAUAUUUGCGUCAAGAAGGAUUAAUCAAAGAAACCGAUAUUGUGGCCAUACUCGCGAGGAAUACAACUCAUGUUGCGUCGUUGGCUUAUGGUUGCAUGUUCAAUGGAACUCCAUUUCAUACAGUGCAUCCUGACACUAUUGAGACCACAAUUUGCCAUUUGCUAAAUAUAACAAAGCCGCGAAUCAUUUUUUGUGGUGCCGAAAGCUACAAUAAAUUGAAAUAUGUGGCUGAUAAGAUGAAUAGUGAAAAUAAGCAAUUCGAAACGAAGAUUGUAAUCAUCGACGGAAUUGUUGAAGGUGUUACAAACAUCCUUGAUAUAUUUCAAAUACAAUUGCAAUCGGAUUACAAACCCGAAAGCUUUAAAAAUGGCAUAGAUCGAACAUUGGCUAUACUCUGUUCCUCUGGCACAACUGGCAUCCCAAAGGCAGUUACCUUUUCGAACAGUCGAAAGAUAUUUGAAUUUUACAGCUAUCUAAGUGAAGGUGACAUUCAAUAUUCGCCAAGUUCACUAGACUGGGUGUCUGGUUUGUUGGUUUUGACUUCAGCGGGAGUGUAUGGAACUCUACUAGUUAUUUCCAAAGAAGUUUUUUAG